GAUGCACUAAACUCAAACUCGUCUGUAUGACGGCAUCAAUUUGUUUGAAGAUCAUAAACUCUUUUACAACGACGGCUUUGUCCCCGCCUCAGCACAACAACUAACUGGUCUGACCCAAGGUCAGGUAGGUAAUCACGGUACCUUGUCUGUAUUUCAAGUACAUACCUUAAGCAUUUGCAUGCAAGCCUUUUGGUGACCCCUCAACCAUGUAUCGAAGUGCACUUCGCCACUCCGGCUGGCGGGCCGCGGCUCGGACUCAAUCACGUACAAAUAGAUCAUCUCAAUGGGUGCGCCACGCCAGCGGCUCACCAGCCAAAAGCGGCGGCGGAUACGGCAAGAUGAUUGGGCUGACGUCGGCCUUUGUGGCAUCGGCUGGCGCCGCGUGGUACUUUUACGGAAAUAACAACCAGGAUGAAUUAUCAGAAAAGAAAAAGAAGGCUGUCGCCGAAAAACCUGCACCCGUUCCCAAGGGACCGGUGCCGGCUGAGCUGAUGGACGGGCCUGCAGCAAACUUGCAGGUCGAGCGGAGCUGGGAGAAUCCUGGGGUCUACGCUUGGGGAUCCAACUCUGGCAAGGUGGUGGCGCCGGAUUCGGAUGAGCAGAUCAUCAAGACUCCCACCAGGAUUCCUUACUUUGACGGCAAGAUCCUGCGAGACCUAAAGCUCGACAAGAACUUCGGCGUGGCCGUGACGGAGGAGGGUGAUAUCGUUCAGUGGGGUACAGCCUACUCGCCAACGACCACAACACCGACUCCUACUCUGAGGGGCAAAGAUGUCGCAAAGGUCGCUCUGUCGAGCGACCGGAUUAUCGCCUUGUCUAGAAGCGGCGCCGUCUACUCAUUACCCGUUGCCCAGGCGGACCAGCUCGCCGGAGCCAAGGCCACCGCGAAGUCAGGGAUUUCUUUGUGGACCCCUUCGUCCGACUCGAUCAACUACAGGGAACUGACUCCGCCGAAGCUGGGUUGGGGUGAGAAGGUGGUGGACAUCAAGAGCGGGCUGGACCAUUGCCUGAUGUUGACCUCGCAUGGUCGCGUCUUUUCUGCCGCCUCCAGCACUGCAAACUACCCAUCCAAGGGCCAGCUCGGAAUUCCCGGUCUAACCUGGCUCACUAGGCCAAAGGGACCGUUCGACCAGCCACAUGAAGUGAAGGGACUGCCCCCCGCGGGUGUUUCCCAGAUUGCUGCGGGCAACUACCACUCUUUAGCCCUCGACAAGAACUCCAAUCUCCACGCCUGGGGUGACAACUCUUCCGGUCAGCUUGGUUUCGAGGUCAACCCACAAAGCCCUACCAUUGACACCCCCAAGGCUGUACCACUCACUCGACUCUUGACCAGCGGUGGAGUCCAGAGGUCCGAGAUCACUUCGAUUGCAGCCGGUGGCUCGAAUUCAUUCUUCACCACGUCCAGCAUACCAGCUAACGGCCGCCCAACGGCAGAGGCAUGGUCCUGUGGCGCCGGGCUCCAGGGAGAAUUGGGCAACGGCAAAUGGAUACACAUGUCGACUGCGCCGGCCAAGAUGAAGGCCUUGUCCGGCAUGGCCGAAUACGACGACAGGACACAGCAGAUGGUGCCAAUCGGGAUCAGGGCUCUGUCAGUCGGAACCACGCAUGCCGCCGCGGUCAUGGACAAUCUUACAUCGGUCGCAGCGGCGCCUGGCAGCGGACGCAAUUGGGGAUCCGACGUCAUGUGGUGGGGUGGCAACGAGUUCUACCAGCUCGGCACGGGCAAGCGUCGCAAUGUGAGCGAGCCGUUGCGCAUCGCGCCUCUCGACAACUCCAGGACCGGAAAUCCCGCCGCCGCCGAUGGGCAGCGGUUCCAGCUGGCACCGGCCAAAACGACGCGCAUUGGAGAGGGUGGCCGCGGGCGCAAGGUUGGACUUGAGCAGAGGAUUGAAUGUGGGAGGAACGUGACGGCCGUUUAUUCUGCGAGUACUGCGUCGUUGUAAAGUUUCUCCCCUCCUUCUUGGCAAUGUAGGAUUUUGUGUUUGACGAUGUUUCUAUUGUCGUGUAGUGUACAAAAAAGGUUAGGGGGAGGAUGUACUUCAAGGUUGAUACCUGCUCGAAUCUUGAUUUCAACAGCCGUUAAUUAUGUACAAAAAUAUUAUGAACAGUUAGUUUGCAAGCUUAAUGGCGACCGCGCGCCUCACGGGUCUAGAUAAUCCUAGACUCUGGAACUAGGC